CAUUAAUAGCUAAAAAUCAAUUACAGUUGACUACGUCGGAACUUUUAAUUAUAACGUAAGUUAGUACGUGUGAAAUUUUUUUUACAUCCACGUUUAGUUACUCAGAAAACAACGUUGAAACAACACAGCGAAAAUGAAUUCUGCGAUUUUUUGUCUGAUUUUUCUAGCGAGUUUAACAUCUCAAGGAUGUUUGGCUAGAUUUAAACCCAGUAGUGCUUUCGAUCAACAACUAUUACUAUCAAAGGCGGAAAGAGAUUCACUAAGACCAUUCCGUCAGUUGGCAGAGAUAAUUACAAGCGAAGAAUUGGACAAAAUACGCGCUGAAAUCAAAGAAAUAAACAGAAACUCGUAUCUUAUUACAAAAACAUUCCUUUACGUCAUAAAAAAUGCAACCAGAGAUGUGACUAAAGAGUUAAUGACUAACCUCACGAAAAUAGAAGCUGAUUCGAAAGCCAAAAUGAAUCAAGCCAGCGAAAGUACAUCAGGAUUCUUCAAUCGUAUGAUAAAUUCUGUCAAAGACCAGCACAUCAAGGAGUUGAUUGACCAGGCCGAGCGUCUCAAUGGCAGCUUGGAGGCCAAAGCGGCCAGCCUGCGACAGUCGAUUGACCAGAAAAUCGGCGAGCUAAAUGCCAAUUUGAUAAUUGUAGUGCAAGAUGCUUUCAAAUCCGAGUCCGCUAAUUACUGGCGCCAAAUAGAAGAACACCAAAUGGCCAAAAUCAUUUCGGAAGCUCGGAGGGGAGUAGAGGCCCAAGUAUCCGCAUUUAUGACCCAGCAGUUCACGGACAACCUUCAGAACUAUGAGGCUCAGCUGAAAAGACUGCAGCAGACUUAUGUUGACGAGACGAGCAGGAAAAUUGGCGAUCUUGAGGAGAAGAAGAACUUGUAUGCUCAAGAACUUAAAGACUUGGCUGAUUCGUUGAAGUUGAGCCUUGAAGCUGCUAAAGAACAAAAAGCGUUGCAGCCUGAUCCUGUUGAGGGAGCAGAAGCUAAUCAUGGUCAUGAUACUAAUGCUAAUCUCCCUGAUCAUGAAGUUGUUAAUAAUGGAACUGGUUCUGGAGUUGUUGAUAAUGGUGCCAGUCAUAAUACUAAUUCUAAUCCUAUUAAUACUGGAGUUGUUGCCAAUGGAGCUGGUUCUGGAGUUGUUAAUAAUUCUGCUAGUCAUGCAGUUGUUGAUAAUGGUGCCGGUCAUAAUACUAAUUCUAAUCCUAUUGAUCCUGUAGUUUUUGCCAAUGGAUCUAGUGAUGGAGUUAUUAAUAAUCCUGCUGGUCAUGAAGUUGUUCCUAAUGGAGAUGGUCAUGAAAUUGACGCUAAUACCGUUGGUUCGAAACCUUAUCUUGGCAAUGAUGUUUUUGAAGCUGAUAUUGAUAAUUCUGCUCCUGAAUAUGUUCAAACUACUCCAACUUCACCAAUUAUUAAAACUUUUACAGAAUCGAAUCCACUUGAGCAAGUACAUAGCUUUUUCGAUCAAGUCCGUAAUAAACAUCAGUCUCAAGCUCGCUAAAUUCAAAACAUUGCGAAGAUCAUAGUAACUAAUUUAAGCAAGCUAUCGACUGCUUUAUGGUUUU